AAAUAAACAACCCCUGUAUUGGUUCCAUAGAUUGGUUCCUGUAAGGUUACAGGCAGACAACUAAAGAUGGCGGCUACGGGAGCCGGGUCUCCUAGCCGGUUGGUCCAGUAUGUUGUUGUCCGGUCGGAUCUGGUUCACAAGCUGUCCUGGCCUCUGGGAGCCGUGAUAACCCAGGCCUGUCACGCCGCUACCGCCGCCAUUCACCUUCACUACGGGGACCAGGACACACAGCAGUACCUCGCAGAGCUGGACUCCAUGCAUAAAGUGGUGCUAGGGGCUCCAGACGAGGCCGCCCUCUCCGGUCUAUCGGAGACCCUAACACAGGCUGGUGUGGCCCACAAGCUUUGGAUCGAACAACCAGAGAACAUCCCCACCUGCUUGGCUCUGAAGCCAUGUCCAAAAGAGACUGUCCAGCCGCUGAUGCGCAAGUUCAAACUCUUCAAAUGAAUACCUUGAAAGACACUAUCCACCUAUGCACUACAGUGCAUGUCAGUCAGUAUCUAAUUUCAUCCAUAAAAGGAGAACAUCUGAAAGUCGUACUCUUCACGUCAGUGCAUCCAAACACCUGUAAUAAUGUCCGAGAUUAAAGUUGGAAAAUAUGAAGUUCUUUUCUGGAUUAAUUUGCUCAGUUUUUUUUUUUUUGGCUUAUUGCCUUUAUCGAUGGGACAGUUUAAAUAAGGAAAGUGGGAGAGAGAGGGGGAGGACACGCAGCAAAGGACCGCAAGUCGGAACUGAACCCGCAGCCGCUGCGACAAGGACUGAGCCUCUGUACAUGGCGAGAUAAGGAGGCGCCCCAGGCAAUUGAUUUUGCCACAACAAAGUCAAAUCCAUUUCAACAAUGUAAAAAAUAAAAAAAUGGACCAUGUGGUAUCGAUGGCUUUCACUUGUAGCCACAUAAAAGCAAUCGCAAUUCUCAAGUGGUUUAACUGAAUCUGUUGUAAACACGUUCAGUAAAUAAAUCAUCCUUGUUUAACAAACUGUCA